AUGGCUCGCAGCGAGAUAUUUGACGGGCCAGUAUCAGAAAGUAUCCCAUCCAGUGUUGCGUCGUUCUCUCGCCGGUGCGCCAGAAGAGAUUCGACUAUCAGUUUCUCACACAAUCAAGAGCAGGAGGAUGCGAUUGAAUGGCCGCAUCGGAGAUCCGUGGACUUUGAAGACGACUUUGAGAACGGUGUCGAGGAUGACGCCGAGUCCACGAAAUAUUCGUACAGGUCGAGGCAAUCACCUUACCGUCGAAGCUCUGUUGAAGAUCCACUUCUGCCGCGGCGGUCGUUAUCUGUCGGCUCUACUUCUGGAGUUAGAGUGUCGCAAGAAAUCCACAUUGCCUCGGAGGACUCGACUAUCGUCAUUGCAGGUUUCAAAACCGCCAUGACCGGAGCUGUUCUGUACUACUUCUUAUGCACCGUGACCUUCGGUUUUGCAUUCCUGUUGUUCAGAUGGCUUCCAAAAUGGAAAAUUAGAUUAUUGGGAAGGCCUUCCCCUUUGGGUGUUUGUCAGUGGGCGGUGGUUGAGGACCAAUGGAAGCAACUCAGCAUAUGUGAAGUCUGCGAACAAGCGUACGAACGGCCACUUUCUACAAUUUUUGCGGACUCUUAUAAAUAUACACACGAUGAGGAUGGCGAUCCCACAAUUGAGCUACUGCGGCAUCUAGACUACAGGUAUCUACGUUUUUUCUAUCAUCCUUUGGAAGACCAAUUCCUCUUGAUCAGUGGCUGGAAAGAUCCAUCAUGGACGAACGCAAAAUCUAUGAGAGUCGGUCUCAAUGCCGACGACCGCGACAGCCGUGAACAGAUUUUUGGCAGAAACGCCAUUGAUAUCCAACAAAAAUCAUUAUUUCAGCUCCUAAUAGAUGAAGCCUUCCACCCGUUCUACAUCUUUCAGCUUGCUAGCCUUGUGCUCUGGUCCCUCGACACGUACUAUUAUUAUGCGGCUUGCAUUUUUAUCAUUUCUGUGUUUAGCAUAGGAACCACAGUUGUUGAGACAACUGCUACUACAAGACGGUUAAAGGAUAUGUCCCAUUUUGAAUGCGAUAUUCGGGUUCUUAGAAACGGGUUUUGGAGAUCUGUUACGUCCCAGGAACUUGUUCCUGGUGACGUAUUCGAGGUUUCUGAUCCGUCUCUAAACCAGGUUCCAUGUGAAUCCGUUCCGGUUUCAAAAUUCCCUUUGACAGACGAUGCUCUUGAUUAUCUCAGCCUCAGUGCCCCUUCCGUCCAUCCGAAUGUGGCGAAGCAUUUCCUAUUCAAUGGAACCAAGAUUAUUAGAGCACGGCGCCCACAAGGCGUUGACGACGAUGAGGCUAUCGCGCUGGCAAUUGUCAUGAGGACAGGGUUCUUGACCACGAAAGGAGCCCUCAUUCGCUCAAUGCUAUUUCCCAAACCAUCGGGGUUUAAGUUCUAUCGGGACUCUUUUCGGUAUAUAUCUGUUAUGGGGAUCAUCGCUAUGCUAGGAUUCGUUGUAUCUUUUGUUAACUUUGUGCGACUGGGGCUUUCGUGGGGAUUGAUUAUUGUCAGAGCUCUGGAUCUGAUUACCAUUGUUGUGCCUCCGGCACUGCCCGCUACAUUGACGAUUGGCACCAAUUUUGCCCUAUCUCGGCUGAAACGCAAAAACAUCUUUUGCAUUAGCCCUCAAAGAGUCAAUGUGGGUGGUAAACUUGACGUGGUUUGCUUCGAUAAAACCGGAACCCUCACCGAAGAUGGCCUGGAUGUCCUUGGAAUUCGGAUAAUGACUCUGGAUCAAAGGCUAUCUGAACUCUUGUCGGACGCACAAACUCUACCCAGUGUUUCCGCCGCAGACGCUAUUAUCCGCAUAAUGGCAACCUGCCACUCCCUGAGAGUAGUGGAUAAUGAGAUUCUAGGCGAUCCAUUGGAUGUGAAGAUGUUUCAGUUUACGGGAUGGUCUUUCCAAGAAGGUGGAGGUCACUCGCACGAGCAUCCGAAUCUCGACAACGAAACAAUUGUGCCGUCUAUUGCCCGGCCUCCAUCGGGGGGCCAGGCCGUGGAGCUCGGCAUUCUUCGCAGUUUCGAAUUCGUCUCCCAACUUCGUCGCGCAAGUGUGAUUGUGAGACAAUUUGGUGAUAUGGGUGCCACUAUUUUUGUAAAGGGCGCGCCAGAAAGUGUGAAAGACAUCUGUCUGCCCGAAAGCUUACCGUCGGACUUUGAGGACAUUUUGGAGCAGUAUACGCACAACGGCUAUCGUGUCAUUGCUUGUGCAGCUAGAUAUGAGCAAAGGCUGAGUUGGAUGAAAAUCCAGAAAAUGGCACGCGCAGACACAGAGUCGAAUCUGAUGUUUAUCGGUUUUAUCAUCUUCGAAAACAAACUAAAACCGAAGUCUUCGGAAACUAUUGCUGAGCUGAAUCGGGCAAACAUACGAACUGUUAUGUGCACAGGUGAUAAUAUUCUUACCGCAGUAAGCGUGGCACGGGAGUGUGGUAUUCUAGGUAUCAAGGAACCCUGUUUCAUACCGCGGUGGGACACUCUAGCGGCGUCUAUUUACUGGGAAUGUGUUGAUAAUUCUAACAUCACCUUGGACCCACGGACAUUAAUGCCUUCGUCAGGUGUUGACUUGUCUGUUCCUGGGAAUGCUUGUGAUGCUCACAUGUACUCGCUUGCAGUCAGUGGUGACAUAUUCAGAUGGAUUCUGGAUUACGGGGAUGAAACCCUUGUGAAAAGAAUGCUUGUCCGUGGAAAUGUGUUUGCAAGAAUGUCACCAGAUGAAAAACAUGAACUUGUUGAAAAACUUCAAUCACUUGAUUACUGCUGUGGAUUCUGCGGCGAUGGUGCCAAUGAUUGUGGAGCACUAAAGGCUGCAGACGUUGGCAUAUCCUUGUCAGAAGCCGAGGCUUCUGUAGCUGCGCCCUUCACCAGUCGUCAGUUUGAUGUCUCUUGUGUUCCGACAUUGAUCAGAGAGGGUCGAGGGUCAUUGGUUACAAGCUUCUGCUGUUUCAAAUACAUGAGCUUGUAUUCGGCGAUUCAAUUUGCGACGGUCAGCUUCCUGUAUACGACUGCAUCUAACCUAGGUGACUUUCAGUUUCUUUUCAUUGAUCUUGCUCUUAUACUCCCAAUUGCUAUAUUCAUGGGAUGGACCGGCCCCUAUGAUAUACUUUCUCGGAAGCGACCAACUGCGGACCUUGUCUCUCGAAAGGUCUUGACUCCAUUAAUCGGACAGAUCAUAAUAACUGUGAUCGUUCAACUGCUGGCCUACAAGUCAGUACAGUCACAACCAUGGUUCAAAGCUCCGAAUGUGGAUUUGGGAGAAGAUAAUAUUGAGAACUCCGAGAACACUGUCCUGUUCCUGACCUCGAGCUUUCAGUAUAUAUUGGCCAGUGUCGUUCUGAGCGUAGGGCCGCCUUAUCGAAAACCGAUGAAGUCUAAUGUGCCCUUUCUCGCCGUCGUAAUUACGGACCUGGUCUUUUCAGGCUACAUGCUCUUUCGGCCAUCGCCGUGGAUAACGCGGGUCAUGCAGUUAACCUAUUUGUCUGACGCGUUUGAUACGUGGCUACUUGGACUUGUUCUUGGGAGCUUCUUGUUGGCUUGGCUAGCUGAACGAAAGCUGUUUCCCCAAAUUGCUCGCAUUAUUGGACGCUUAAAGUACACAAUUUCCCGUGUCCCGAAGCAGCGCCGUCAGUAUAAAAUCCUGCUUGAGGAAAUGGUCUUUCCUGCGGCGUCUCUUCCAAAGCAACGACCUACACGACCGGAAAUGGGCUUAGCGUCACUCGAACGAGACAGUAGGGGCUGCUCAAGGUUUAGUGGAUGUACCAGUAUCCGUGACUUUGAAUUCCUGGGCAAGCUGGGUGAGGGUACUUUUGGAGAGGUCUACAAAGCUCGGGCUAAAAAGGAUGGUUCCAUCGUCGCCUUGAAAAAGAUACUUAUGCACAAUGAGCGAGAUGGGUUUCCCAUCACGGCCCUUCGAGAAAUUAAACUACUGAAGAUGCUGUCCCACACAAAUAUCAUGCGGCUUCGAGAAAUGGCUGUUGAGCGAAGUAAAGGAGAAGGGCGCAAAAAGCCUAGCAUGUAUAUGGUCUUCCCUUACAUGGAACACGACCUCUCGGGGCUUUUGGAGAAUCCGGCCGUCCAUUUCUCAGAAGCUCAAAUCAAGUGCUACAUGAUUCAGCUUCUUGAAGGGCUGAGAUAUCUACAUGCGCUGACCAAUACAGCCGCCAAUCUACUUAUAAGCAAUCAAGGUAUUUUGCAGAUCGCCGAUUUCGGACUAGCACGGCCUUUCGAUGAAGCACCCCCUCAACCCGGCAAAGGAGGAGGGGAAGCCAAAAGAGACUACACCACGUUAGUUGUAACUCGCUGGUAUCGUCCUCCAGAGCUACUUCUUCAGCUCCGGCGUUACACUUCUGCUAUCGAUCUGUGGGGUGUUGGAUGCGUGUUCGGGGAGAUGUUCAAGGGAAAGCCAAUUCUCGCCGGCAACAGCGACCUUAACCAGGCACAGCUGAUAUUCAGCCUUGUGGGUACGCCUACGGAAGAGAACAUGCCAGGAUGGAGCUCCCUUCCCGGUUGCGAAGGUGUGAAAAGCUUUGGUAGCAAACCAGGAAAUCUCGCAGAAAUAUUCAAAAAUCAAGGCCCCAUCGCCAUUUCUUUGCUUACCGAACUCUUGAAGUUGGACUGGCGAAAAAGGAUUAAUGCGAUUGAUGCUCUAAAACAUCCAUAUUUCUCAACCCCACCACUUCCAGCACGUCCGGGUGACCUUCCGAGUUUUGAGGACUCCCACGAACUUGACAGGCGGCGAUUCCGUGGACAGCGAGCCGCUAUGCCCCCGGCACCCGCGGGAGGCUCAGGAAUAGAACCGGCGCGGAAAGCAGAAAUGCACGCCCCCGGCCCCAGUGGCAGCACCAUGAACCACCGCAGUCCAGGCAGAGAAGUAAUGAAGCCGCGCCUCUGCAUAGAGAUGGCGGUCUGCCGCCUAAACCUCCCGCGCCUAAUAGUCAGCCCUGGGCGCCAGGGCAUUCCGAUCAAGGAGGACGAGAUCGGUUGCAUGGGCCUCGCUACAAUGACCCAAAAGUAA